AUGUCAGAUAGUACAAUUGAAGGAAGACUGAAGGGUUUGCAAGACCGUUUACAAAAUGAAUUGCGUAUUCGAAGAGAGGGUGCUUUUCAUAAUGAAGGUGGUCUCGGGGCUCCCAGGAGUACUCGGAGGCCCAGGCCCCCACUCAUGUUCUCAGCGAGAGACAUCCCUGCUUUUCCACCGAGAUCACCACAAGCCUCUGACACUGAAUACAGAAUGCGGGAGGUUUACAAGGUGAGUGGCAAACUAAACGUGGGUGGCGUGGAGUACAGAUCUCAUAUCGAUGAGCUGCAACAGCUUGGCGAGCUGGGCAGCGGCACCUGCGGCCACGUGGUCAAGAUGCUGCACAAGCCAUCGGCAGCUGUUAUUGCUGUUAAGCAAAUGCGUCGUUCCGGUAACUCCGAGGAGACGAAGCGUAUCCUGAUGGACCUGGACGUGGUGGUCCGCUCGCACGACUGUCCGUACAUCGUGAGGUGUUUGGGCUGCUUCGUGACCGACGCUGAUGUGUGGAUCUGUAUGGAGCUGAUGGCUUCAUGCUUCGACAAGCUGCUCAAGAGACUCGGCGCGCCCAUACCGGAGACCAUACUGGGGAAGGUCACUGUAGCGACGGUGAACGCGCUGUCGUACCUGAAGGACACGCACGGCGUGAUCCACCGCGACGUGAAGCCCAGCAACAUCCUGUUGGACGAGCGCGGGAACGUGAAGCUGUGCGACUUCGGCAUUAGCGGCCGCCUCGUGGACUCCAAGGCCAAGACGAGGAGCGCCGGGUGCGCGGCCUAUAUGGCGCCGGAGCGCAUCGACCCGCCGGACCCCAGCCGGCCGGACUACGACAUCCGCGCGGACGUGUGGUCGCUGGGCAUCUCGCUGGUGGAGCUGGCCACGGGCGUGUUCCCUUAUAGGGACUGCCAGAACGACUUCGAGGUGCUCACGAGGGUAAUAGCCGACGAUCCGCCUCAAUUACCAGAAGACAGUGACUUCACACCGGAGUUCAAAUCAUUCGUAUCACAGUGUCUCACAAAGAACUACCGCCAGCGUCCCAAGUACGUGAAGCUGUUGGAGCAUCCGUUCGUAGUGAAGUCAGCUCGCAGUUCCGUGUCCGUGGGCGCGUGGUACAGCUCGUUACCGCUCACGGGGUCCAACACUAGCACCAGCAUGCAGUCAAAAUCAAGCUCCGGCUCGGGGUCCUCUCAGUCCAUUAAUUCCACCAGUAAUGGAGCGGAGACACCGGUGACCCCGCAGCCUGUGAGGAAUUUCGUGACCAGCUCGCAAUACUGGACACCCGAUCAGGCCACGCCCACCCCGGCCAGAGCGUGGUGGGCUACACCCGCGAGCGCCGGCGGCAGUAGUUCGCAGCCCGCCAGUCUGGAGGCAGAUCUGUCUAAUCACUCACCUUACCCGAGACGCAGGACGAUAGAGGCGUGCGUGUCGCCACCCACGCCGGUCCGACGAGUCUCCACCGACAACCGCUGGAGGGCGUCACCGGCUAGUUCAGGCAACACGAGUCCUAUAGUGCUGCAGCGGUUCUAUCAUCAGAACCAGCAGAGGAAGUCGCGCGUCGACCUGCACUCUACGAGACACCGCAGUUUGAGUCGCGAGCACAGCACAGGCCGGUCCCCCGAGCCUCCGCCGCGGACCAGCAGGCAUCAUCACAUGCUGGGGCACGACGCGAACGGCAGCGUGGAGUUAGAGCCGCCUCCGCUUCACGACCGUCUGCAUCCACCCUCACCUCUACUGUUAAGUAACGACAGGUUAUCAGAAGGCCGCAGUAGAAGUCUGACGCGCGCAGAACUACGCAACGGGUACCGCGACAAACACGACGACCAGGGGAGCUCCUCGAUGUCUCAUCAGUAUGUACAUAGUCAUAGAGCUUCGUCGACGAGCUCCCAGCGCGGUGCGGGGUGCGGGGGGGUAGCGUGUAACCCGGGGCGCGUGGUCGCAGGCUGGCUGCACUCGCUCGCGGGGCUGGUGAAGCGCCGGCUCAGCGGGUACGUCAAGUGGCAUCACGUUGUAGCGCGCCGCGACCCGCCGCACGCCGCCAGGAGCGCGCUGGCUCAACACAGGUGGGGGACCAACGAGAGCUGGAGCGUCCCCGCGUCCCCCCUCCCGCCGCGCGCACCCCCGCCGCGACCCGCUGACUAG